AUGUCAUCAGUCGCAGGUAUUUUCACAUCUCUGGUAUUUCACUGACUUCUGGAGUAUUUUAUGCUGUGGUUUUGGAGCCGAAUCUCCAGGCCAUACCUUGUUGUACGGAUCAUGUCAUCUGCCAAGCAGUUUUUCAUCCUCCUCCUUGUAGCUUUGGUCCACGUUGCGGAACAGGAAUCUUCUGGAAGGAGGGAAAAGAGUGAUGACUGUGUUUGUGGACACCCCGGAAUACCAGGCAACCCCGGACAUAAUGGAAUGCCAGGGCGUGACGGCCGGGAUGGGGCCAAAGGUGACAAAGGAGAUCCAGGUGACAUUGGAACAUGUGGAGCCACAGGGAAGGAUGGACCAAAAGGAGACAAAGGAGAACCUGGCGCUCCAGGCAUAGAUGGAGUUAAAGGACGACGUGGAGAGAAUGGAGAGAGGGGCCCACCUGGUAAAAUGGGACCCCAAGGCUUCCCAGGGCCACUUGGUCUUAAAGGUUUGAAGGGAGAGAUGGGAAUGCCGGGGCCUCAGGGUAUCAAAGGGGAUGUGGGGCCUCUGGGGCCUGAAGGGCCACAGGGAAUCAUUGGAUAUAAGGGAGAGAAAGGUGUACAGGGGCCAAUAGGACCUCCCGGGAGACCAGGCCCUAAGGGGGAUCUUGGCCCUCCAGGUCACAAAGGCAGCAUUGGCUACCGUGGCGACAAAGGGUCAAAAGGUGAGAUUGGAGAGAAAGGACCUCAAGGAGACAUGCCUGAAAUACCCAAAAGUGCCUUUUCCGCUGGUCUUACUGCGCAAAGCAAACUACCAGCCAGUAACGUUCCCAUCCGCUUCGAGAAAAUCAUCUACAACCGCCAGAAUCACUAUGACCCCCAAAGUGGUCGCUUCACCUGUGCCAUCACCGGAGCUUAUUACUUCACCUACCAUAUCACUGUUUUCUCCAGAAAUGUCAGAGUGGCCCUCAUGAAGAACGGCCAGAGUAUCAUUCACACCAUGGACAACUACCAGAACAACGAAGACCAAGCCUCAGGAGGCACCGUGCUUUACCUGCAGGCUGGAGAUAAGGUGUGGCUUCAGGUGGUUGGAGAACAGUUUUUCAACGGACUCUAUGCAGAUGAUGAUGAUGACACAACCUUUUCUGGGUUCCUCCUCUUUGCCGAGUGACAGCAUGAUCUGUGCUGCAAUGAAACCUCGCUUCUGUUUGAUGUGUUGAUUCUAACAGCUACAGUGAGAUUCUUUCAGUUCAUAUAUAUCAAUUCUUGACUAUGUUAGCUUAUAAAAAUGUUGAUCAUUAAAAUGCAUCAAAUUUAAAGGCCACAGCAUCAUUCUAUUGGUUCAAUGUGCAUGUGUACUGUGAGCUGUAUUGUGAAACUACAUUGCUAGUGUUUAUUGUGAAUUGAAAUGAAAUGCUUGAUGUGUCGAUUAAUCGUCACAGCAGAUUUAAAUUGGAUUAUAUUGCUAUGCCAUGUGAUGCCAUUUCUAAUCCCUAAGCAAGAGAUAAUACAAAAUAAUAGCACUGUUCCCUGAAACAUAUAAUAUUAUAGUUAGUUCAAGCAGAAUUAUUUUAGAUUUCCUGGCUUAACUCCUUAAAAACCCAGACUUAUUAUACUAUAUUAUACUAAGCUUAUUACUCGGUAACUACAGGGACUUACAGUGUGAAUGGUUUGAGUUAGUCUUAUGUUAUAGAAGUGUGUAAUUAAACUGGUGGGCCCAUGGCCAUGUAAAGGGUUAAAGUGAUACUCUGUCCUAAAUGAAAAAUGUACAGGAUGUUUUUAUUGCAUGAUGUGUUUGCAUAACGCAUACUGGGUAUUGAUUCACCGAUACACUAAAAAGGAGGAAAAAUCAUAAAUUCUGUUAAAUGAUGAGACUGGGGGGUAAAAUGCUGCACUAAAGAAUUCUGCAUGACAUGACAAAUCACAUAUUAAAUGCUACUUUUAGACUGAAA